GCACUCGAACAUAGUGGCCUUGCCUCCAUUCGGAUUAAUCCCGCGAUUCUCUCUCGAUACGAAAAACAUCAGUGCGAGCCUCCCAGCACGAGUAUCCCAGCACAACUCAUAAAUCCAACAACCAAGCAUCGUCAAGGAAGAUAAGCCGGUCAAGGUUCCCCGUUUGUUUCAGGGGACGAUACGAGAAGUCUUGCUAUUCUUCGCGCCGGCCUUGCGAGGAUGGACAAGAAGAAAAUUGUCUACCAACUAGACACCCCUUAUUCGGUGGUACAAUGGCCCCACGUGGCGCUCGAACAUCAAGAGACAAUUUUAGAGCUUCUAUGCGCUCUCCUUACACCUCUCGGCGAGUAUCGCGCAGAGCACACCCAGCCAUCGAAGGGCAGACGCGAUAGAAAGCGGAAACGCCGCGCUCCAUCCUCUCGUCCCCAGGAUCUGCCUCCUCCUCCCAUACCGGAGAUCAAGUCCUAUAUAGAUGUCGGCCUGUCAGCCGUCACGCGCUCUUUACAGGAGAGCGCCUCGAGGGGACCGGAUGUGGAGUUAAGCCCGCCGCCCGAACCUCGGGACCAAGGCCCAGCUAGCCGCCCUUAUUCGGCCAUCUUCGUGGCCCGGUCAGGACAACCGACCGUGCUGAACGGUCAUCUCCCUCAGAUGGUCGCCGCCGCCUGCGAGGCGCAGCAGGGGCAAGCGCCCAUCCGGCUCGUCGGCCUGUCGAAGGCGUGUGGGGAUCGGCUGUCCGAGUCCCUGGGUGUGCCUCGCGUUUCCUGCAUCGGCCUGCGCGAGGAGGCGCCCAAGUCGAAGGCGCUGGUCGAGUUUACGAGAAGGCAUGUCCCUGUCGUCGAGGCACAGUGGCUAGAGGAGGCGAGGCAAGGCGAGCACAAGGGAACGAAUAUCAACGCGGUGGAGACAUGCAUAGGUCGUAAGAAGCAACCAAACCGGGGGCCGCCCAAGUCAUAAUGCAGAAUAACAGGGCCCACCGAAGCUGAUCGAGGCUUUGGAUUCUCUCUCCCUCGAAGGUGGUUGCUCGUCAGCGCCCCGCCCAGGGUUUCGGUGCUGGGAAGGAAGAAGCAUAAGGGUUGAUUUGUAGCAUGCUACAGAGAGUCUUGUCAGGUCUAGCUAGAUCUAUGUAGCCUUAGCGGAGAGGGCUGAUAGAAAUCCCCGUGGUGGGCAAUCUUGCCGACAACUUUGUUUGCGUGCGGGUGAUUGCCUACCCCUGGGCUCUAUUUUUCUUUGCCUUUCCCUUUUAGAGAAGCAGAGAAACAUCUCAUGUUCGCCUUUGUCUCCUUGUAGCACUCUAUGGAUAUAACUGUUCCUACACAAGCUGCUAGUUACACGAUAGGGUUAGGAAAGAGAGAGAGUUGUUACGUGGUAAUUUAAUCACACAUAUAGAAGGAAACCAUUCUGCC